AUGUCGGAGAUAUUGACGAAGGACUCUAAGUAUUGGAAAGCCCGGAAGAAACGUUUUAUACUGGACGUGGACGCGAAAGUGGCUAAGGAGCGAGAUAAAGAUGAUACAUACCUGCGAUUUCGGCACCUUUUGGGGCUGACUGACCUAUUUCGUCACUUUAUAGGACUGCGUGCGAAGCGAGAUAAGAACAUGCAGCGGCUGCUCAGGAUGUUGGAUGGGGAAGAGCGCGGGAGAAGCAGUCGCGGGCAGCGCCAGAAAGAUUCUUCGAGGCACUUCCGCAAGACAGAAAAAGAGGAGGAUGCCGAGCUCAUGCAAGAUGAGGAGCAGCACAUGGAGACCACAGUGGUUACUGAGUCGCCCAGCUUUGUAAAGGCCGGUAAACUACGGGACUACCAGAUAUACGGGUUGAAUUGGCUAAUAUCACUGCACGAGAAUAAACUCUCGGGAAUCCUUGCAGAUGAAAUGGGCUUGGGCAAAACUCUGCAAACAAUCUCCUUUCUAGGUUAUCUGCGUUUUAUUAAGGACAUUGAUGGCCCCUUCAUUGUUGUUGUGCCAAAAUCUACUUUAGAUAACUGGAAACGGGAAUUCGCCAAGUGGACUCCAGAAGUCAACACUAUUGUGUUGCAUGGUGAUAGAGAGACGAGGACACAGCUAAUCGAGGAGCGUAUCCUAACGUGUGACUUUGACGUGCUGAUUACGUCUUACGAGAUGGUUAUCAAAGAGAAGGCUAUUCUAAAAAAAUUUGCGUGGCAAUACAUAGUUAUUGAUGAGGCGCAUAGGAUUAAAAAUGAGCAAAGUACUCUAUCGCAGAUCAUUCGGCUCUUUUAUUCAAAAAGUAGGCUGCUGAUCACCGGAACACCUUUGCAAAACAACUUGCAUGAAUUAUGGGCUUUAUUAAAUUUCCUAUUACCUGAUGUUUUUGGGGAAUCUGAGGUCUUUGAUGAGUGGUUCCAACAGAAUGAGAAGGCGCAAGAUCAGGAGAUUGUGGUCCAACAGCUGCAUGCUGUAUUACAACCGUUUUUGUUGCGCAGGGUCAAGGCAGAUGUGGAAAAGUCAUUGCUUCCGAAGAUAGAGACCAAUGUGUAUGUUGGUAUGACAGCAAUGCAGUUGCAAUGGUACAGAUCGCUGUUAGAGAAAGAUAUAGAUGCUGUGAAUGGAGCAGUAGGUAAGCGAGAAGGCAAAACCCGUCUACUUAACAUUGUGAUGCAACUGAGAAAAUGUUGUAAUCAUCCCUAUUUGUUUGAAGGUGCAGAGCCAGGCCCUCCGUAUACGACCGAUGAGCAUUUGAUCUAUAACUCUGGGAAAAUGAUUGUCUUGGACAAGCUUUUAAAACGCAAAAAGAAAGAGGGAUCCAGAGUACUCAUAUUUAGCCAAAUGUCCAGACUCCUCGACAUCUUAGAGGAUUACUGCUACUUCAGAGAUUUUGAAUACUGUAGGAUUGAUGGUGCGACAUCACAUGAGGAGCGCAUUGCAGCUAUUGAUGAGUUUAACGCACAUGAUUCUAAAAAGUUUAUAUUUUUACUAACGACAAGGGCUGGCGGCCUAGGUAUAAAUUUAGUCACUGCAGAUACGGUUGUGUUAUAUGAUUCAGAUUGGAACCCCCAAGCUGACCUGCAAGCCAUGGAUAGAGCCCAUAGAAUUGGUCAGAAAAAGCAGGUACAUGUAUACCGUCUAGUGACAGAGAAUGCGAUAGAAGAGAAGGUUAUUGAGCGGGCAGCCCAGAAAUUGAGGCUAGAUCAGCUUGUUAUACAGCAGGGGGCUGGAAGGAAAAGUGCAAACUUAGGGAAUACUAAGGGAGAAUUAAUUGAUAUGAUUCAAUUUGGUGCCAGAGAUGUUUUUGACAAGAAGUUGACUGAAGCGACAGUUGCAGAUGAUAUAGAUGCGAUUUUGAUGAAAGGUGAACAAAAGACGCAUGCAUUGAACGCAAGGUAUGAAGCCUUAGGCCUUGAUGACCUGCAGAAGUUUAAUGGAAUGGCAGACCAGUCUGCUUAUGAGUGGAAUGGCACCAAUUUCGAGAAGAAGAAGAGCAAUGACCGUACCGUGGAAUGGAUUAAUCCAUCGAGGCGUGAAAGACGUAGGGAGCAAACAUACUCAGUUGACGACUACUACAAAGACAUAAUUGGUGGUGCUAAUACUAAAAGUUCCAACAAAAAUAUGCCUCAACCAAAACUUCCUAGGCCACCGAGAACCGUUCAAAUUCAAGACUUUCAGUUCCCGGCCCCUUGCUUAAAUGCAUUGCAAGAAAAAGAGCUGCUUUCAUAUAAGAAGAAAGUCAACUAUAAGGUUUCGACUCACGAUUUUACCUCCGAUGAUGAAGCAGACGAAGAAAUUUCUAACAAGGUAACUGCUGAACAAGCAAAAAUCGAUAAUGCCGAAGAGUUCACCGAAGAUGACGAAUUGGCAAAGCAGCGAUGCAUAGAGGAGUCAUUCACCGCAUGGACUAAGAGAGAAUUCAUCACCUUCAUAAAUGGCUGCGCGAAGUUUGGUAGAACUAACUACAAAGCGAUAGCUGCAACCUUGGAGAACAAAACAGUUAGUGAGGUUGAGAAUUAUGGGAAGGUAUUUUGGGCUAGAUACAGGGAAAUACAGGGAUAUGAGAAAUAUUUGAAUACUAUUGAGGUCGGGGAAAAGAAGAUGGAGAAGCUUAAACAACAGGCAUCGCUCUUGAAGAUGAAGGUUGGUCAAUGUGAUUUCCCAAUGCAGGAAAUGACGAUACAGUAUCCGCCGAAUAACGCCAGAAGAACAUAUAACUCCACAGAGGAUAAAUUCAUUCUGUUGGCGGUCAAUAAAUAUGGCCUAUUUUCUGAUAACUUAUAUGAUAAGGUAAAACAGGAAAUCAUGAAGUCCAGUUUGUUCCAUUUCGAUUGGUUUAUUAGAACACGAACUGUACACGAGCUAUCGAAGAGAGUCAACACUCUACUGACAAUGAUAAUGAGAGAAUACGAAGGGCCUGAUAGUGCUGCAAAGAGGAAGAGAAAGGCAAAAGAUGGCACACCUGCCUCUGGUGUCAAUGAUCAGCAACAUCAGCUGGAUCCGUCGGAACCCAUGUACAAAAAAGCGAAGAGUGAAGACUUUUAA